AUGGAAGUAAUUCGUGAUUGUAAGGAUAACUGCAUAAUAGUAUGUUCAAUAGAAAACGUUGACCCUAUGGGAGUGCAUACAGGAGAUAGCAUUACCGUUGCCCCUGCUUUAACUUUGCGUGAUGCAGAAUAUCAACAAAUGAGAAAUGCUUCUAUCGCAGUACUAAGAGAAAUUGGUGUCAAUGCCGGUGGUGCAAACGUGCAAUUCGCUGUUAAUCCUAAGGAGGAUGGCAGUUUAGUCGUUAUCGAAAUGAAUCCAAGAGUUUCUCGUUCUUCUGCGCUUGCCUCAAAAGCUACAGGAUUUCCUAUUGCAAAGGUUGCAACCAAGCUUGCUAUUGGCUACUUACUUGAUGAAAUACGCAAUGAUUGUGCACCAAUAAUACCUGCUUCAUUCGAGCCAGCUAUCGACUAUAUUGUCACUAAAAUACCACGAUUUGAGUUCGAAAAAUUCAAAGGUACGAAUUGUGAGCUAUCAACUUCCAUGAAGUCAGUGGGAGAGGUAAUGUCAAUAGGUCGCACUUUUAAUGAAUCACUGCAAAAAGCUUUACGUUCUCUUGAAACUGGACUAACAGGGCUAGAUGAGGUGUUUCCUAAAGAUACCGAUGUCGACUAUAUAAAAUCUCAGCUAGCUAAAUUACUACCAAAUAGACUACUGAUCGUUGCUGAUGCUAUGCGCUUUGGAGUUAGCAUCGAAGAAAUCAAUUCUAUUACUGGCUAUGAUUUUUGGUUUCUAUACAACAUAAAGCAAAUUAUCUUAGCUGAGCAAAAAAUUAAAGAAGGUGGAUUACCUGAAACUGCACAUGAAAUACUACAGCUAAAAAAAAUGGGUUUCUCGGACGCAAGAUUGGCUAAGCUGUCACGUACUGAAAUGACGUCAGAGCAGAUAGAAAGUAUCAGAAAAAAAUUCGAUAUUAAACAGGUCUAUAAGCGUGUUGAUACUUGUGCCGCUGAAUUUGAAUCUAGUACUGCUUACAUGUAUGGCUGUUAUGAAGGUGAUGUUGUAAAUAAAACUGAGUGCGAAGCAAGCGUCUCUAAUCGCAAUAAAGUUGUAAUUUUAGGUAGUGGACCAAAUCGCAUUGGCCAAGGCAUUGAGUUUGAUUAUGCAUGUGUGCAUGCAGUCUCUGCAGCUAAAGAAAUGGGAUUUGAGACAAUAAUGAUCAAUUGUAACCCAGAAACUGUUUCAACUGAUUAUGAUACCGCUGACCGUUUAUAUUUUGCACCUUUAAUUGCAGAAGAUGUGCUGGAAAUACUGGAAAAAGAGCAAGAAAAUGGCCUGUUGGUAGGAAUAAUAGUUCAAAUUGGUGGCCAAACACCUUUGAAGUUAGCAAAAGUGCUUAAUGAGAGAGGUUUCAAAAUCUUAGGCACUUCUUUCGAUUCUAUAGAUCUUGCAGAAGAUCGAAUGAAAUUUAAAGAUCUUGCUUCAAAGCUAAAUUUAAAACAACCGGAAAAUUCUAUCUGUCACUCAGUUGAUGAAGCUUUCAGUUGCAUAGAAAAAGUCGAAUUUCCAUUACUAGUAAGACCAUCUUACGUUUUAGGCGGCCAAUCUAUGUCAAUAAAAUAUAGUAUCGAGAGCUUUAAAGAGUAUGUUUUAAAUCAAACUAAGAUUUUUGAACACGGUCCGUUGUUGCUUGAUAGGUUUUUAGUUAAUGCAGUUGAAGUUGAUGUUGAUGCAGUAUGUGAUGGAGAAAAUGUUUUCAUUGCAGCUAUUAUGGAACACAUAGAAGAAGCUGGUAUUCAUUCAGGUGACUCAACAUGUUCAAUGCCAACAAAUACAUUAGAUGAUGAGAUAAUUAAAGAAAUUAAAUCACAAACUACGAAAAUAGCCCGUGCGUUAAAAGUUAUAGGCUUAAUGAAUAUUCAGUUCGCUAUUCAGGAAAAUAAUAUAUAUGUACUUGAAGUAAACUUAAGAGCUAGCCGCACUAUUCCUUUUAUCUCUAAAGCAAUUAAUAUACCUAUAGCAAAACUUGCCACGCAGGUUAUUUUAGGUGAAAAAUUGAAUCAAAAAAAUAAAAUAUUUAACUAUUUUGCCGUUAAGGUCNCAGCUUCAUAUUUAAAUGAUAAUGGCCUUAUUGCAAAAGCUGUAAAUAAAGUGAGAGAGGGGAGACCUCACAUAAUUGAUAUGCUAAAAGAUGGAAAAAUAAAUUUAGUAAUCAACACUUCAAAGGGCAUAAAAUCAAUACCAGAUAGCAAAGAUAUCAGAAGAACUGCCAUUUUACAAAACAUAGCCUAUAGCACUACCACUUCUGGUGGUAAAGCCUUAGUGCUGGCAAUUCAAUAUAUAAAAAAUAGUAAAUUGAAAAUCAAAUCACUACAGCAGAUAAACUAG